AUGGGUUAUGAUAAUUCUUUUUCGGUCGACAGCAUAGGUCGGAAAGGAGGUCUGACUUUUAUUUGGAAGGCGGAGUUUGAAGUAGAAGUCAUUGGAUCGUCCUGUAACUUCAUUGAUUUGCAUGUAAAGUCCGUAGUAGAGCAAGUGUGGCGUUUAACAGUUUUUUAUGGUUGCCCAGAGAGGAAUAGAAGGCGUGAUUCGUGGAAGAUCAUUCAAGAUCUAAGCUUAGUAAAUUCCCUGCCUUGGUGUAUUAUAGGGGAUUUUAACGAUAUUCUUUCGCAUGAUGAAAAGCGUGGAGGUGCUCGUCAGCCUAGCUGGUUAGUAAAUGGGUUUCGAGAAGCUAUCUUAAACAGUGGUCUCAGCGAUAUGGGAGCCACAAGUUACAAAUAUACUUGGUCCCGUGGUAGAGAUAGUGCGGAAGUCAUCGAAAAUUCGUGGAGAUGCAGGCCUGAGGCUGAUUUUCUCGAAAAGUUGUCCUUUACAAUGGAGGGUCUCAAAAGUUGGAGCGGUGACUGUGCUCCUAAGUUCAGAUCUCGAUUGAAGGGCAUUCGGGAUCGUAUGAGAAGAUUCCAAAAAAGAACUGAUACUAGGGGUUUGCAGCAGUAUAACAACUUGGUGAAGGAGUAUAAUAAUUUGCUUGGGGAGGAAGAAGUUUAUUGGAAACAGAGGGCAAAGAGAUUUUGGCUCUCAGAAGGGGACUCCAAUACUAGAUAUUUUAAAAACUUUGCAACAGGCAGGAAGAGAGUCAAUAGAGUCGACCGGUUGCGUGAUGAGCAAGGUAUUUGGAGAGACACGAAGCAGGAGGUUGACGACAUCAUUUUGAGGUAUUUUGAAACUUUGUUCACAGAACCACAUGUUGGCAGUAUUGAUCUAUUGAAUGUUGAAACUUGUAUUUCUGAUUUGGAUAAUGAAUUCUCGUUGAGUCCUUUGUCUAAUCUUGAGGUUAGAAAUGCAACUUUUAAUGGUUUGAAUAAUAAAAAUAUAGCUUUAACUCCUAAAGUUAAUAAUCCGGAAACUGUUUUCGAUCUCACACCCAUCUCCCUUUGUAAUGUGGCGUAUAAAAUCAUCUCUAAAGUCUUGGCGAAUAGAAUGAAGAACUUAAUGCCUAAAAUUAUCUCAGAGAAUCAAAGUGCUUUUGUUGAGAAUAGGUUAAUUACCGAUAAUUUCCUUAUUGCUUAUGAGAUAGGCAUUACUUGA